GAAGUACAGUGGACCGAGUGAAGCAAUCUUCCGGCAAUGCGCAUGCGUGAUGCUGAGGGCUCUGGGAGUGUCUGGGCAGCGCUCAAUGUAACAGGCAUGAGAGCAGCUACAUUUACUGUAUGCAAUGGCUCCCAGGACUGGGGAAUAAACUCAAAGGAGUCUGAGAAAAAAAGCAUGCGGUGAGGGAGGCAUGGACCACUUUGGAAUGGCACCGGAGCUGAAACAGAGGGACGUGGGAUUGCGUGAGGCCGUUUCUGUAGCGUUGAAUAGCAGCAUUGUGGACGUGGGUCGGAUGACCUCUGGUGUAACUGAUAUAGGCAAUAGUUUCUGAUCUUUGCAGCUCAAUCAGCCCGUUAUUGCUUUUCCAUAUUUAGUCACCGAGAUGGUGUAAAUUGCAGUUGUUAAUGCCACUUACUUGUUUUUAGGGGUUUUUUUGUGUGUGUUUGUUUGUUUUUAUAUAUUAUUGUAACAUACCGUUAGACUACAGUGUAUUAAUUGUUGGGUACAUUUGUCAGCCAUAGUGUUUUAAUAUUUGGAAUAGCGUGUCCCGUUGUGUUUAUAUCUGUUUUCAUUUUUUGUAUUCGAUUUUAGCCUAAUCCGCUAGCUUUUUAUUGUGACAUCAUCGCCAUGAUUUACUGUUGACGGCUAUUGUUGAGUCUUAAGUUUUCUUUGUUCACAUUUUUAUAACUGUGUAGAGUUGCUGUCGUUUAUUGUAUGCGUGUAUGUAAGUCAUCUGCACUUGUCGGUGUUAAAACUGGUCUGUUGAGCUUUCUUUUCGGCUUUUCCAUGUUAUUUAUUUCGUAUCAUCAGUUUUAAUCGUAUUAUUAUUAUGAUUACCACUCCCUCUUCUUAAAGGGCCACUGCAUUCACAGUGCCAUGUGCAACACCGGUGUAUGUUGUGAUUGCUGGGAGUGUUGUUACUGCUGAGAGUUGUUACGCAAAGCAGGGUACGGUGGUUAAGAUGCCCGGGGCAAGAGUGACGGGUGCGGAGGGUGCCCAACGAAAGUCGGGGGUCAGCGAGGGGUUGGUGGGCUACGCUGGCGUGACGCAACGCGAAGAGGAGGCAGAUGACGAAGGCGAAGACGAUCUUCGUGACGGAGAUGUCCUGUUCUUUGUAAACCGAGGGGGGCUGCCUGUGGACGAGGCCACGUGGGAGAGGAUGUGGAGGCAUGUGUCCCGCAUCCACCCUGAAGGAGAUGUGAUAGGGAGAAAAAUAAGGGGAGCCACCGACCUGCCUAAGAUUCCGACACCGAGUGUGCCUACGUUCCAGCCUUCAACCACUCUCCCAGAUCGCCUGGAAGCCAUACAGAGAUACAUCAGGGACUUGCAGUACAAUCACACUGGAACGCAGUUUUUUGAAAUUAAGAAGAGCAGGCCCCUUACUGCGCUGAUGGACAUUGCCAAGGAAAUGAUCCGGGAGGCUCUGCCAAUUAAGUGUUUAGAAGCUGUGAUCCUGGGAAUUUACCUCACCAACAGCAUGCCUGGGGUGGAGCGUUUCCCUCUCAGCUUUAAAACUCAGUUCUCAGGGAAUUCCUUCCGGCACAUUGUGCUGGGGGUGCACUGCGGGGGGCGCUUCGGGGCGCUGGGUAUCAGCCGGCGGGGGAACCUGAUGUACAAGCCGCUGGUGUUCCGCACCCUGAGCGACCUCGUCCAGGAGUUUGAGGGAGCCUACCGAGGCUACUGGCACUCUCUCAAGAAGGUGAAGAUCGGCCAGUACGUGUCCCACGACCCGCACAGCGUGGAGCAGAUAGAGUGGAAGCACUCCAUCCUGGACGUGGACAGGCUGACGCACGAGGAGUUCCGCAAGGAGCUCGAGAGGCACACCCGAGACAUGAGGCUCAAGAUUGGAAAGCCUGCCCCACCUUCCCCUACCAAAGAACGGAAAAGAGACAUAGGGUCCCCUCAGCGGAGCCAAUCCAGCCCUCACCGAAGAAACAGUCGCGGGGAAAGACGACCGUCGGGCGAAAAGAAGCCUUCUGAACAAAAAGCCGCCUCAGACAUCAAUGGUUACCAAAUCCGUGUGUGAAGAAUACCUCCUGAUCCAGGAGUGGGAGAGGAAGCAGCAACGCUUUACAACUCCCAGCGGAGCACCUUCUGCACCUGGCACUGUGACGAGAGCAUAUCUGAUCCAGGAGGUAUUCACAAGGGUCUGCACACGUCCUUCGCUAAACGCUAACUUUUUAAUGGGAUGAGGCCGGUAAUAUUUAACAGUAAACAGUGCUGUUAAAAAACAACACAAAAAAAGACUAAAUCCUUUUAAAACAACUGAGGGCACAUUUUUUUAAGAUGCAGUGGCUCGCUGUUUUCCAAUGAAAAUUAAUUUUAAAACCGAGAGAAGCAGUGUACAGUCUUCAGAUUUAAGUUCAGAAGCAGACCAUGCGGGUGCUGAAUAUAAAUGCACUUUUAAUUCUUUCCAAUUUCUAAAAUUCUACACUCAGUAAAACACAAAAUUAAAAAAAAAUGCUUUUCCACCCAACUGUAUAGGUCUAAUUGAUCCUGGGGAACGGUUGAGGAAUAUUUUGAAAAUAUGCUUAUAUACUAAUUCUGAUGACACCACCUGCUCCCCUCAGUUAGAUUUGGUUGUGUCCAAGUGUGUGUGCUGCAAAUAGAAGUAGGUUAGAAUUAGAUGGUUCUAUUCAAGCUUAAGGGAGUUUGGGCUAGACAUUAAUUUUUUGGUUGUUAGAUCUUCCUCAGGAGGACUCUGAGGACUACAGUGUAUAUUAGUCUUGUCCAAUAGACAUGGUAAACAAAAUGCUAGCUGUGGGAACGUGUUAACAAUCAUGUGAAUUCAUAUAUUAAGUCACUUUCUAAGACCCUACGAACAAAACAUCGAUUGAAAAAUGGAAAAGGUUAAAUCCAAUAUAGUUUCAGACGUUUCCAUUCCUGAGAUUCUGACGAUAUUACAACAGCAAUGCAUGAUUCAUUAGACCAUACAGACCUAAAAGCUGAGCUGUUUAAAAUGAGUGGUGGGGAAGAUCUGUGUCAGAAUCCCACAGUAAAAAUGAUACCGCGGUCUUGAGCUGGGUAGACUCCACCAAAUCGUGUGUUUCUUAAGUAUAUGCUACCUCUCUAAAGACUGCCCUUGGUAACUAGUGAGUAGGUUCUCUAAUCAGUAUUGUAGUAAUAUAUUCAGAAUAGCAACUUCUUACAAAGUCAUAAUGUAAAAGAACACAAAAAUCUGUAGGGUCAAUUUUACAUAUUUGACAGCGACUUGCUGUGUUUAAAGCUAACGCUUUACAAUGGAACACAAUCCCCUGUAUAUACAGGAGGAGCAAGAAGUACCUCAUUUGAUAACUGAAAUGCCUUUUGUACUUGUAACUGACAAGUACUGAAUUCAGAUAAAGGACAACUCUACAAAAGUUUUAGCGUGCUGCAGCAGUAAUGUUGGAGAUGUGUCCUUUGAAUGAGACACAGAAAUCAAAUCCUGUCUUAUGAAUAUGCAGGCAUUUUCUGAUAAUGACUGGUAUAAUUGGUCAAGGCUUAAAGGAGGAAGUGCAACACUAACCCAUUAGAGUUUCUUAGCAGUGUUCACUAAUUCUGUGUCUGGUAGCGUUUACCUAACAAUGUAUUUCAAUCAGGGUAGUCACUGCAGCUUGGAGCCGAGAACUGUUCUUGACAGUAUUUUAAAAUAUGAAAAAGGUUUACAUAGGAAAGUGUCGUCUUAAUUAAAGUUAGAAAUGCAGCAUAGAAGUACUGUCCUGUUUGUGGUUUUAAUCCAAUUUUCGAUGAUAAUCAGCCUGUAAUUAUCAUUGUAGGCUUGUAAAGUGUUAUUGGGCAAAAGGUGCAAAGAGAUGUUUGUUUACAGUACACAGCACAGAGAAACUGUCCAUCUGAUUAGAAUUCAACUCCAGGAGCUCAUUCAUGUUAAAAAGACAAUUACCAGCCCUGUUCUGUGAAAUUCCACCAAUCAAAUAGUGAACUGUUAACAGUGGUCACUGUGUGGCAAAACGAACACAACUUUCUUUGAAUAAAAAAAACAAAAAAAUUUUAAACGGUGUAAAUAAUAGUGCUGAUCAGCUGCCACUAAUGACAGCAUAAACAGUGUAUAUGUUAUGGAGCCUGGGACACUGAAAUGAUUCAAUUAAAAUGUGCAUUUUUUGGUC